AUGAAGAGUUCCCCUUUGAGAGUUCCCAAGGAGUGGUCUUGCUGCAAAAAAGUACAUCUGCGACGGGAGAUGGGCAUGCAUCAGCCACAGCAGCCACCCUCCGCUAGUGAAGGCCUCUCUUUGUCAAUGGCCAUGAGCCUUUGUCGUCUUUCUUUUGACGACUUGGAUCCAAAGUUAGGAGGAGGAACAUACGGGGAGGUGUACCCAAUGCGAGCUGGUGCUCUGUCAGGCGGCCCUUGCAUCCCCACAGCGGCACAAGCUGAAGGAGCGAAAGGAGCUGCACAAACAGACGAUCCAGGCCCCAAAUUCGCCGUGAAGGUCUUUAGACUGAGGGGACUAGUUGGACUAAUGAAAGCGGCGGAAGAGGGGCAAAAGGAACUGAGGGCCCCUGAGUUGCAAGCCCUUAAGAAGGCAGCAAGCGAGCUCAAUGCAGAUGCCUCAAAGGAGGAACGCGUGUCUCUGUUUGCUACCGUGGGGAGACGGUAUGUUCACUGGUCGUUGCCUCUGGGGAGAGUGCUUGUCAAGGACAAACAUCAGAGACUCCACUGGGGUGUUCUCGUAAAUUUGUUUGACGGCGAUCUGGAGCCUCAAGCCAAUCGCAAUUCCGACGGCUCAAUCCUGGACGGGUGGGCUGUUGGGGAACGCAACGCGGUGCUGAAGGAGAUUUUCGCGGAAAAGAGCUCGCUCUUAUCGUUAUCGUCCAAAGCCAUUCAGCCAUUUGUUUACAUGCACAAUUUCUUCGGGUUCGGACACUUUGACAUUAAGCCAGCCAACCUUCUUUACUCGAGAAACCCAACGGUCCAGUUAGCGGCGGGUGAUUUUGGAAUGGCAACUCUCCUGGGGCAGAACGUACUCAUGCGAGGAACAGUUGCUUUUAUGGCUCCGGAAAUAGAGAGGCCCAAGAAGCAAACAACCCCACCCCCGCGAAUCGUAGCUCUUCCCGAGCAUGAUGUGUUUGCCCUGGGCCUGACACUCGCUUAUUUCUGGAGCGUCUCUGCUUUUUGUCCUGUCUCCUAUCCAUGGGUGGAACGCUGCAUUGUACCACAUAUACAGAAUGGAGCUACAUUCUCCUUCGAUACCAUGUCGAGCACCGUGUCUCCCCAGUUGUAUACACCAAUCGUGAAGAAAGAACUAAAGAAAUGCCUGCAACCGGGCGGCAGGGUGGAUAAGUUGUACAGCUCUAAAAUGCCCUUUGUCAUUAAAUUGAAAAUUGCGCAAAUGACAGAAGUCAAUCCGAAUCUUCGCAUCUCCAUGAACAACGCCUUCAGUUUUAUGGCAGGUAAAGUGAAGCCCCUAUGGAAGCAUUUAAUAAGCUCGCCUUUGAGUGCUUUAAAAAACAAGGAGGCAAGAGCAGUCUUUUGCUGGAUGAGAGCAAAAUAUCGUGGCCAAGAGGACAUAACCACAUGUAGUGGCAGUUCACGUCACCAAGAUAUGUGGUCCCUUGUCUUUUCGAUGCAUGAUCUGUGCCCUGUGCAUUCAGUUACCAUGGCCUUGGAAACGGUACGGGGAACCUCGGUAGAAGACGGUACGCGACUUCUGGAAGAAACAAAGCAGACCAGUCUUUUCCAACUCUCUCUCAAGAUGAGUCGAUUGGAAAAGAUUGACACGCAGGGCCAGGAGAGACAGCAACAAGCCACAAGAGUCCUUAGAGCACUUCAGGACCUGGCCAUUGGGAGUACGCUAAAAGAGGUCGUUGAAGCAGCUGUCAGUCCGGUUGCUCUGGAAGAUUUACUCUCUCUCGACGUCUUGCCAGCAGUGACUGACGAGGAGAAGGCAACAGUCAGAAACGAGCUCGAAAAGGCUCUGCAAUGGGCCCCUGUGCGUCAUCAAGAGGGUCAAACGACGGGGGCAACCCACGCGGAUCGCGUUGACGCAGUCUUUGGACUCAGUCUAGAUGGCUUGGAAGUCCGUAUUGAGCAGGAAAUUACCGAUAGGAAAAUGGAGGCAGCCAGCGUGGCCGUGUCAAAGGCCGUCCAGGUGUAUGUAAAUGAGGAGUACUCACUGGAGCCCAACACUCAGCUGCUAGAUGAGACGCCAAGCGAAGCAGCCAUUUCAACUAUUCUCCGCUCUGUAGGCGUCAACCCAGAGAGGGAAAGCGAAGUUACGAAGUACCUCUCGGACAGAGCUUGUGCUUCGUAUGUGUCCUGGACGUCUGCGGAUCGUCUUGUGCGCGUCGCCCUUCGGCGUUGCGUUUCAUCCGUCUCCUCCGCCUCUGCUAUACAUCGCAAGUAUGCAAGUGGAAACGCUGUUACCGAAGAGGAAGCCACAGCUCUACAGGAUUGCAUGUGGGCUGAGGUAAAAGCAGCGACUGCCGAAACACAUUACGGCCUGCCCUGGGGUGUUUCUGGAGCAAAAAUGGAUUUUGGAUUUUCAGAGAGUCAAGUAUCUCGGAUAGUUCGAGAUAAGAUGAUCAAAGUGAUAAGCAAAACUGCUUGGUCAGUGGAGAACGCCAAGAAGCUCCUUUUACUACAAAUAAAAAGGGCUGUCUACCGCCUGCCAUCUGACUCGCUCCCCGGGGGCACUAAUCUGCGGGGUGUAUAUGCAGCAGUGCUAAGGGAGAUGCAUAAAGAUCACUUUGUCCCUCUACCUUUCGGGGUUUGGGAUGAACGCGAAGAAUAUAUUGAGGCGCUUUACGAUAUCAAACUAAGUUUUUUUAGGGAGUUAGUCGCGUAUACUGCAACUAAAGAGGAGCUCUCCAAGAAAGCCGCAGAGAUACUCCACGCACUGGACCCAGAAGAAAUCGAAGGCUUGACGACACUCUCAGUCAGCGUGAAUGGGGCAUUCCUGAGAUCUCCUAAAACCAACAGACAAAUUGGCCGCCCAGCAGUCAAGCAUUUGAAGCUGCCCCCCGAAGCCACUGCUGGAUAUGUCAACGAACACUUCACCAACAUCCUAGCCACCAGUCUGUGCCCCCCUGUGUGGGUGCUCCUUCGUUCAAUUCGCAGUAGUCUGGCCCCCGGGUGCAGCCGCUACAAAGCCAUUUUGAAGCGGAAGAUGGCAUCAGGAAAGUACGAGGCGCUGGAGAACACCGAGAUACUGCAGGGGGGAGAAGGGCAGAAAGACCGACUCAGGCUUUACGCAGUGCCGCCAGCCACGGGCACGAACGCAAGGACCCCUAACAACUGCUUCUUGUGGACAGCUGAAAUCCUAAGACCGGAGUCUUACACCGUCCUGCCUGCGGCGCCAAGCCCCUAG